GAGGCGCUCCGCUCCGACGUUGACAGGCACGUGAGCAGUGACGUCAUCAGGAGCGAGACGGAGCAGGUGACAUGGCGGCGGACGCGCUUUUGAAGGUCGUAUUUGAACAUGAAGGAGUCUUCAUCCACCCGAGCAGCGACGAAGACGCCGUCGGGCAGGACUCGCUCGUCUCAGGCUCUCUCCGGGUUGUUGACAAGGAUGCUGAAGUCAUUGUUGAGUACAAACCUGUGGAAGAAACAGUCGACACAUCAAACAUGCUGUGUGCUGGAAAGGACUCCAGUUCAGUCAUGGAGUGGGACCAGGUUUCAGGUGAGAAGUCCCUGCAUCUGUUGGAAAGCCAGCAGAGCUACGAGACGGAGUGGGACAUGGUCAACGCCGUGUCCUUCAAGAAGAAGAGCUGCUCUAACGGAGAGGGCUCUCUGAACCACUGCCAUGAGAGGAGCCGGGGGGCAUUCAGCUUUGCUGUCAGUGACCUCCGGUCCAUCACCGUAAAGGAAGAAGGUUGGACCUUUCUGGUUCUGAAGCUGAAGGAUUCCUGCUCCUCCCUGCCUGCUCUGCACUUCCAUCAUGGCGGCAGCAGAGAGUUCCUGGACAGCCUCAGGAGGUUUGCUCUGCUCAGCGAAGCUCCAGAAGAUGACACUUGUCUGAUGGUUAGCACUCCAAACAGAGCUCUUUCUCAGUCCUUUGAGAACCUGCUGGACGACAACAACUUCGGCCUCGUUCAGCAGAAGUUCAGGAAGGACCCCUACGUCACCACGCUGGGCGGCUUCUCCAAAGUCACCAACUACAUCUUCGAUGCGUUCCGGGGGACGGAGGAGCAGCACCAGCGCCCCCCGGAGGAGGUGGAGCUGCUGGGGGAGGUCAUCCCCGGACUGGAGAUCAACCAGCAGGAGGAGCCCGGCUUUGAGGUCAUCACCAGGAUCGACCUGGGGACGAGGCCAGAGGUGAACCGUACUGGUCCUCUGUCCUCAGAGGACUGGAUCAGACACCAGGAUACAGAGGGGAGGAUGAUCAACAUCCCGCUGCUCAAACAAGUCAUAUUCAAAGGAGGACUCUGCCAUGCUUUGAGGAAAGAAGCCUGGAAGUUCCUGUUGGGAUAUGUCCCCUGGGACAGCACGCUGGAGGAGAGGAAAGUCCUGCAGAGAUCCAGAACUGAUGAAUACUUCCGGAUGAAGCUUCAGUGGAAGUCAGUGAGUGAGGAGCAGGAGAGGAGAAACUCCAGACUGAGGGACUACAGGAGUCUGAUCGAGAAAGACGUGAACCGAACGGACCGGAGCAACAGGUUUUAUGAAGGCAUGGACAACCCGGGUCUGGUCCUCCUGCACGACAUCUUGAUGACCUACUGCAUGUUCGACUUCGACCUGGGCUACGUCCAGGGGAUGAGCGACCUGCUGUCACCCAUUCUCUACGUGAUGGAGAACGAGGUGGACGCCUUCUGGUGCUUUGUCUGCUUCAUGGACCAAAUGCACCAGAACUUUGAGGAGCAGAUGCAGGGCAUGAAGACUCAGCUGAUCCAGCUCAGUACUCUGCUCAGACUGCUGGACUUGUCCUUCUGGAACUACCUCGAGUCUCAGGAUUCAGGUUUUCUGUAUUUCUGCUUCCGCUGGUUGUUGAUCAGAUUCAAGAGAGAGCUCAGCUUCCAGGAUGUUCUGAGGCUCUGGGAGGUGAUGUGGACCGGUCUGCCCUGUGACAAUUUCCACCUGCUGGUCUGCUGUGCCAUCCUGGACUCGGAGAAGCAGAAGAUCAUGGAGGAGAACUAUGGAUUCAAUGAGAUCCUCAAGCACAUUAACGAGCUGUCCAUGAAGCUGGACAUCGAAGACAUCCUUCAGAAGGCCGAGGGCAUUUGUGAGCAGAUAACGAGCUGUAAGGACUUGCCCCACUCCAUCAGCGCCAUCCUGGGUCCAGAUCCAGGUCUGGACUCUGAGGUCUGUGACUGUGCAGCGUCUCCGGCUCUCAGGCCGCCCCAGCGAGCGGACGCCUGCUCCAACGGACUGUUGAGAGGAAGCGGCUCUCAGCACGGCUGCAGAGUGGCCUUCAUCUCGUAGUGUCAGACCCAGAGGACCAGGACCACCGUGUAAACGGAUGAAGAUUAUUCAGAAUCUUAUUUUUGUAAUUUCUUGUACCAUAUUGAGUCUGUCAUUCCUCCUGAAAAACCAUUCAGCCCUGUGACUACAGUACCGGUUGGGGUCCUGGUUCUGAACUCGCUAACAGCUGUUCUAUAGGACGCAUCUGAGCCAAUGAGCUGCUUUCAUCUCUGGAGAGUUCCUUCAGUUCCACAGAGGGAACCGCACUCGUUCUAUGGACAUAUAUGGACCUCAGCGGGACAGAGACAGACAGACAUAUUCAUUAUUCAUUCUCUCUGAUUUCCAUCCUAAAUAAACCCCCAUGAUCUGCUUCUUAAAGGGACAGUAGCGAUGUUUACGCGUGUUGUACUGCACUAGAUGAAGCAAAGCCACGUAUCUCAGACACUGAAUCAUGUCGGUUCUAUUCAGAAUAUAUUUCCUCUUCACCUUUCUGACGGGAACUGAAGCUGUUGUCUUUGUUCUCUUCAAACACAACAGACUCCAUUCACAAAAACACCCAUUUAAGCUCCACGAAGCAGCGCCACUGUCCCUUUAACUGACAGGAUGGAGCUGCAGACGGAGGUGGUGCUCCUCCUUCAGUAUUAAUCAUCCAACAUGUAAUUAAAGAAGAAUUGAUCAACAU